GUCUCUCCGAGCCAGGGGGAAGGGAGGCGCUCUCGGGGUCGGCUCGGGCGGAGGGGUGGGAGGGAAGUGCUACGGUGGCCGCAGAGGGACGGCGCUACGGCUCCCGCGCUGGGCCAAACGCCGCCGGCCGCGGGGCGCGGAAGCCCCGGGCCCUUCGGGGCGGCCUGGGGCAGGGACGCGUGAGCGGCUGGGCCCCGCAGCCGCCGCGCCGUGGGCACCAUGCGGCCGCCCUGCUCCUGGAGCCCCGUGGGUCGGGGGGUGCCGCAGGCCCUGCCGCCCGCACCGCCGGCCUUCCCGGCGCCGGCGCGGAGAGGGCACCUGGCCGCUGCACCCCCCCAGGGCUCAGCUGCCACGCGCGGGCCUAGGUGCCCAUGACGCCUAUGCCGACCGCUGCGCGGACACCAGUGCUGCCACCAGCUCGCCACAGCGCCCGGGCCCCGAUGCCGGUCAUGCCCAUCCCGCGGCGGGUGCGCUCCUUCCACGGCCCGCACACCACCUGCCUGCACGCGGCCUGCGGGCCGGCACGCACCUCCCGCCUGGCCCGCACCAAGUACAACAACUUCGACGUGUACGUGCGCGCGCGCUGGCUGUACGGCUUCAUCCGCUUCCUGCUCUACUUCAGCUGCAGCCUGUUCACCGCCGCGCUCUGGGGCGCGCUGGCCGCGCUCUUCUGCCUGCAGUACCUGGGCGUGCGCGUCCUGCUGCGCUUCCAGCUCAAGCUGUCGGUGCUGCUGCUGCUGCUGGGCCGCCGGCGCGUGGACUUCCGCCUCCUCAACGAGCUGCUCAUCUACGGCAUCCGCGUGACGGUGCUGCUGGUCGGGGGCCUGGGCUGGUGCUUCAUGGUCUUCGUGGACAUGUGAGGGCCCGGCCUGGGCCUCCGCCGUGGGGUGUCUUCCCCGAGGCCCGUGCUUCUCCUGACCGGCUGGGUCGGGACUCCUCCCGCCUCGCGGGUCUGGGCGGGGGGGUGCUGAGACUGCUCCGGGAAGGGGACGCGGGCGCCCCCUCUGCUGCUCGUUUUCUGCACUGACCCUCCUUGUAUGUCCCUGGGGGGUCAGCGCCUGCUGGCCGCCAGCCCACGCUUCCAGCCCUCGCUUUUCCAGGCUGUGCCAGGGUGAGGCCCGUAGGCCCAGCCUGCCUUGGAGAGCCUCUGUGUCCCUGCUUCCUCUCCGGGACACGGGCAUCACAGGCUGCGAGCGAGGGCCUCCUGGCCAGCUGCACGGCCCCUCCCCGUGAGCCCCCAGCCCCAGCCUUAGGGAAGUGUCAGGCUCAAGUGGCUGGCGUCCGCGCUGCCACAAAGCUGCUCGCUCUGCCCUGGGCCGCCGGCGUCCCGGCACAGCGCUCAGGCCCUCCGUCUUUCCCCUUGAGCGGCGGCGGAGUCCUGAGUUCCAGGCCGGGCUUCCGGGCCACGUUGGUUUGCUUAGACGCGGUUGAGUGGGAGUCACAGGCAGCCUUGGCCAGUUCCCAGAUUGGGGACCAGCCCUGGUCCUGGGCGAUCUGCCUUCCUCUUGGGCAGGUUUGUUGAAAACAUCAGGCGGGAUCCCAUAGUCUCUCCAAGCGUGGAAUUCUGGGAGGCCCCUGAACUCCUUCCUGCUGGGGGUGGGGAGGGGAGCCGAGAUUUGGCCUCUCUCCCUUUGAGGGAUGGCAGGCGUUGAAACGUGCGUGCUGGGAGCUGACG